AUGGCUUCCACAAUAUCUCCACCUAUUCUCCAAUCUCUCUUGCUCCGCGGUGCGCGCAAUGCGCACGGUCCCAAAUCAUUACUGGCAUCUUUCACCAACAGGAGGCAGUUGCUCUUCGUUCUAACAGUAACACCGGCAUUGACGAUCAGAGAAUCGGCGUCGCUUGCGGAGGAUAUUCCACUCUUCGGGCUGAAGAAGAAGCUGAAGAAAGCGGAGGAGGAGGCGGAAAAGCUUGUGAAGGAAGGGUUCGAGACAGCGGAGAAGGGACUUGAAACGGCGGAGAAAGGAAUAGAAACGGUGGAGAGAGGGAUAGAAACGGCGGAGAAAGGGAUCGAAACAGCAGAGAGAGAAAUAGAGGGGGCAGUGAACUUCGGAGGGCUAGCACAGGCAGGAGUGGUGGCGGGAGCGGAGGUUGUAGGAGUUUUAGUGGCUACAUCCAUUGUAAAUGGGAUUUUAGAGCCAGAAAGUCAAAAAUCAUGAUUUAGUUGUGAUAAUCUGAUGUAAAUUCUAGUAAAUCUAACAUCAGUGUUUCUAAAUUUGGUUUUCUUAUUCA